UAAAAGUGUAGUUUGGGAAUCCGCAGCGUCAGUCGAUGUGGAUUGUGGACUGAAGUUGGAGACAUGAAGGUCGAGGUCUGUGUCGUGUUUAGUGCGUUUGUUCUAAUGCACUUUUGUGCGGGACAGUACUUUGGAUAUCGUGAUUUAAACGCGCCACCGCCACCGCCGCUGCCCUUCCCCCCCUGCCUGGCGACAGACGUGGCGUGCCAGCGGCGCGGGCUGCGGACCUUCUUCUAUCUCAUGGACGCGGGUCACCGCGGCAUGCGGCCCGUCGACCCGAGCUAUGUGAACAGCGUGACGGUGACGCAGCCGGAGCGGAGGGCUAGUGUCGUGUUCCGACGGCUCAAUGUGACUGGAGUGGGGUGGACUAAACUGGUUGAGAGGAAGUUCAAUUUACAGGAUAAUAGAAGUGGCGUCAAGUUCCUGAGCAAUCUUCAUGCGACGGGAGAGAUCGUCGUCAACUUGGCUGAAAGAUUCAACCCGUUGACUGCUCUCAUCACUCUAGACAUCUCGGACGUAGAGACCAACAUAACCUACAAAUGGGAGGGAGUGCGAGGCAUCGACAACGAAGACUACCUCGUCAUCGGUCAAGAGCGAAUCGCGGCGAGGAACUCUCGAGUUCCGACAUAUUUUUUACAACCAGGUGAGGAGACAAACAUGAUUCAUGAAAUUCUGCAACGGAACCCAUCAACCCUGGACCACAUUGGGGUAGAAAUUACUAUGGCUGUGAUGUACUCUGUGGUUGAUAACUUCAGACUGUUUGCUAUGAGCGUACCUGUUAGGUAUUAUUAUCAGUAUUAUUUCUAACAUUUUUAUGUAAAAUAAUUAUCAAUUAUUAGUAUUACAUCUAAUUAAA